UUCGUAACAGACAGCUGCUGCGAAGUGAGGGGGCAAACAGAAAAACGUCCGCGUCUUCUUCUUCUUCUUCCUUCUUUUUACUCAGGACUCGCAAACGACUUCGUUUUAAGCCAGUGGCGGCGUCGGGAUUGUAUGCAUUGACGGAAAUGGGCGAGUCCGAGAAAUUGACGGCGCUGAAGAAGGCGUACGCCGAGAUAAUCCUCGACACGGCGAAAGAGGCGGCGUCGCGAAUUGUGGUGUCGGAGAGGAAAGCUCUGCGGUUUCAGAGGGAGCUCUUUUCGGCGAAAGACGAGGCCUUUCGGAUGCUUCUCAGGCUCAAACAAAUGUUGGAUUCCAAGGAUGACGAGGCAAAGACGAUGUCUUUGAGUCAACAAGAAAAGAUUGACGAACUCGAAGCCCAGCUGCAGGAAGCUGAGGAUAUAGUGAAGGAGCUUAGGGAAGAGUUGAGUGAAGUGCAGGCUCGACUGGAGAAGGCGAGAAGUAAUCCAAGACAGUCGGAUGAGCAAAAUUUAGAGGGUAAUACUGCUGCUCGAGGGUCGAUAACAUCGCAAUUGAAUUCAGUUUCGAAUGGGACGUAUAAUUCUCUUAAGGAUAAUUACUGUGCUUGUAAUCCUGAUUUCGUGUCGCUAGUAAUGAGAGGUAAACAGCCUGAGUUAUACAGAAAUGGAUGCACUCAGAGAAUCGCGCAUUUGAAAGAAACCUGUUGGAUGAAAAAUUCUCUCUUUCCGGACUUGUUGAUGAUGGGAAGAAUGGAACAUUCAUCAGAGGAGAUGAUGAACAUCUGCAUAAAACCCCUAAACCGAAUGGUGAUAAUACAAAUGGGGUAGAGGAGAACCCAAAACUGAAAGUGAGGCAAGCAGAUUGUAGCCAUAUUCAAGCACCUGCCUUUAAGUCCUUCCAGAAGAAGAGAAAGAGAGCAGCUGGAUUUAGGAGAAGCAAAGCUCCCUCAUGCAGGUAUCUUGAUCCUCAUCAGUUGAUGGAAAUGCGCCAAGUAUCUGAUUUCUCGUGCUCUAGAACUUCUGCUUCCUCACUCAAUAGCAGUGUUCUCACAGAUAAUGCUUCAAAGAAGUCUGAAGAUGAAGUUCAAAAAGUCAAAUCAUCCAUUUCGAUUCCAAAACUGCCCUCGGAUACAACUGAAAUGAGUACACAGUCCGAAUGUGCUAAUGUUACUGAAAAUGAUAGUGGUCAGAAGGCAACAAUGUUUGUUGAAGAAUCCAGAUUGACCGGGCAGGAAUGUGUCUCUGCCGAGAGUCCGGUGGUUCUGUCAUGCAAAAGAGAUGUUGAGAAAGAUUAUCCGUUACAUAAGUCAAAUACGAAAGUAUCCAAUUUAGAUGAUGGCACUGCUAGUCAACCUGAAAACAAUAAGUUUCUCAAAUAUACAUUCUGCAGAAAGCGCAAGAAGGGCACGCUAAACAACCCUGAAAGCAAGUCCCUUCUUGACAAUGACACUUUGGAAAGGAAGACAGUCGAGGAACAAAAUGGUUCUCUAGAGCCACAGAAGUCAAGCUUGUUGCUCAAAUCAUCUCGGGACAGUCGACGACUAGCACAAGUUGCUCGUCAGCUUAUAUCUUUGUCGGAGAAGAAGUGGUGGCAAUAGAGAUAUCGAUGGACUGCAUACCAACGGCGAGGAUUUUGACGUCGAGUUAGAAACAAAACCAGAUCAUCUUCCUCUGCAACAAAGACUUAGAAGAAUGGAUAGAAAGAUCCAUUGUCGAGGAACAAGUGUAGAUUCCUGAGUUAGUAAUAACAUAUACCAUAUAUAUAAUUGAAGGUAAAAUGAUUGGUUUUUUUUUUUUAUAUAUAAUUGGGAUUUACCUCCUCUCUUA